AUGGCCAAAGCGCGGGCGCUGGCCGCGCUGCGCGGCCGCACCGAGCCCGUGCCCUGCGUCGUGGCCGGCCGCGACGUCUGGACCGACGCCGUGCGCUACCAGCCCUCGCCCUUCAACCACGCGCACAAGGUGGCCAAGUUCUGCUACGCUGACAAGGCGCUCAUCGAGGAGGCCAUCGCCGCUGCCUUGGCCGCCCGCGCCGACUGGGACCUCAAGCCCGUCGCCGACCGGGCCCAGAUCUUCCUCAAGGCGGCCGAGCUGCUGAGCGGCCCGCGGAGGGCCGAGGUGCUGGCCAAGACCAUGGUGGGGCAGGGCAAGACCGUGAUCCAGGCGGAGAUCGACGCGGCCGCCGAGCUCGUCGACUUCUUCCGCUUCAACGCGCAGUACGCGCUGGAGCUGGAGGGGACGCAGCCGCUGAGCGCGGACGCCAGCACCAACACCCUGGUCUACCGGGGGCUGGAGGGCUUCGUGGCGGCCGUCUCGCCCUUCAACUUCACGGCCAUCGGCGGGAACCUGGCGGGCGCCCCGGCCUUGAUGGGCAACGUGGUGCUGUGGAAGCCGAGCGACGCGGCCGUGCUCGCCAGCUACGCCGUGUACCGGGUGCUGCUGGAGGCCGGGCUGCCCCCCGGCGUCAUCCAGUUCGUGCCGGCCGACGGGCCCGUCUUCGGGGACACCGUCACCGCCUCCGAGCACCUCUGCGGCAUCAACUUCACCGGCAGUGUGCCGACUUUCAAGCGUCUCUGGAAGCAGGUGGCCGAAAACCUGGACCGGUACCGCAACUUCCCGCGCCUGGCCGGAGAGUGCGGCGGGAAGAACUUCCACCUGGUGCACAGCUCGGCCGACGUGGGCAGCGUGGUGAACGGCACCCUGCGCUCGGCCUUCGAGUACGGCGGCCAGAAAUGCUCCGCGUGCUCCCGCCUCUACGCCCCGGACUCGCUGUGGCCCCAGAUCAAAGCGAAGCUGCUGGAGGAGCACGGGAAGAUCAAAGUGGGAGACCCCACCCAGGACUUCGGCACCUUUUUCUCCGCGGUGAUCGAUGACAAGGCCUUCGCCCGCAUCAAGCGGUGGCUGGAGCACGCCCGCACCUCAGCCAACCUCACCGUGCUGGCGGGCGGCGGCUGCGACGACAGCGUGGGCUACUUCGUGGAGCCCUGCAUCGUGGAGAGCAGCGACCCGCGGGACCCCAUCAUGAAAGAGGAGAUCUUCGGGCCCAUCCUGGCGGUGUACGUGUACCCCGAGAGGCGCUUCCACGACGUGCUGGAGCUCAUCGACACCACGACGCCCUACGGCCUCACGGGGGCAGUGUUUGCUCGGGAGAAGAGCGCCAUCGAGGAAGCGAGGAAGCGGCUGCGCAACGCGGCCGGCAACUUCUACAUCAACGACAAGUCGACGGGCGCCGUGGUGGCCCAGCAGCCCUUCGGGGGCUCCCGCAUCUCGGGAACCAACGACAAGCCCGGCGGCCCCCACUACCUCCUGCGCUGGACGUCGCCCCAGGCCGUGAAGGAGACGCACGAGCCGCUGCCCGACUGGCGCUACAGCUACAUGCAGUGAGGCCGCGCGCGCUGGGCAGGCGCUUCAAGCAAGCUGGCUGUGCUUCAAGGCUCUGAUUUUAGGAAAAAAAUAUAUAUAUUAAAUGGA